AUGAAUUAUAAUUAUAAUAAUUAUAAUAAUAAUAGUAAUAAUAAUAAUAUUAAUAAUAAUAAUAAUAAUAUUAAUUUAAAUAGUACUGAAAAUAAUAAUGCGAAUAAUAAUGAAAAAUUAUUUUUAAAAGUAUUUAAUAAUAAAUACUUGGUAAAUGAAAUAAUUAAUAAAAUCCAAAACACAUACGAAUGGAUUGAAUACAAUGACUAUACAAAAAUUAAUGGGUAUAAUAGGAUAAAAUUUAAAGAUAUUCACGAUUUUCAAUUCAUGUUAUCUAAAAAUUUAUUCUCACUAAUAAAGAAUAAAAUUAAACAUAAUGAUUAUAUUAAAUUUUCAAAAAAGUCAAUUUUAAUAUUUUUUAAAAAAUUAAAUAAAUUUCAACAACAACAACAACAACAACAACAACAACAACAACAACAACAACAACAACAACAACAACAACAACAACAACAACAACAACAACAACAACAACAACAACAACAUCAAAUUUUAUUGGAAUUAAAAGAAAUAUUAAUAUUAUUAUUAUCAAAAAGAAAAGAAGAUUUUGAAAGAUGUGAUCUAUUAAAACUUACAAUUAAACUUAAUUUACAUUCAGAUUUAUUAUCAAUACUAAUUGAUGAUCAAUUUUCAAUUAAUCUUUAUCAAUCAACAUUAGAAUUUGCAAUAGAAAAUUAUAAUAAUAAUACAUUGUUUUUAGAAUUACUUGAAAAAAAGAAGAAAUUAAUUCUUUCACCAACUCUUCAAUUAAAAUUAAAAUUAAAACUAAAAUCAAUAUUAAAAGAAAAUGAAAAACAACAACAACAACAACAACGACAACAACAACAACAACAACAACAACAACAACAACAACAACAACAACAACAACAACAACAACAACAACAACAACAACAACAACAACAACAACAAUAUCAAAAUUAUAAAAAAGAAAAUAACAGUGAUGAUAUUAUAGAUAAUUUAAUUAAAGAAGCAAUCAAAGAAGCAAAUAUUGAAAAACUUUAUCAAUUAAAAAAUAAUAAUUCAAAAAUUUCAAAACCAUUUACAAAAAUUGAAUUACCAAAUGAAUUUGAAAAUCUAAUGAGAUUAAUCAAUUUUUUAAAUGAUAAUUACAAAGAAUUCAAUCAAUUUAAUUUAAUAACUUGUUCAAAUUUUUAUGAUAAUUUAAUGUUAUUCAAAUAUCAAAAACACCAUAAUAGUAGUAGUAGUAGUAGUAGUAGUAGUAGUAGUAGUAGUAGUAGUAGUAGUAGUAGUAGUAGUAGUAGUAGUAGUAGUAGUAGUAGUAGUAGUAGUAGUAGUAGUGGUGAAGGUGGUGGUAGUAGUAGUGAAAAUGAAAUUGUUAGUAUUAAAGCAUCAGAUAUAAAAUUGCAUUUAGAAGUAUCAGCAAAUUUAUCAUCAGCGACUACGACAAUAGGAUCUAUAAUAAUUGAACAAUUAAAUGAUGGUUGUAAAUGUAAUUUUAAAUUGAUCGAAUUGUUUAUUAAUAAUAUUCCUUUAGAUUGUUUUAUUUUUUUACCAACUUACACUUAUUCGAGACAACUUAGAAAUUUAACUCAUCAACCAAUUUAUACAAUAAUAACAAAAGAUCAAUUAUAUACUAGUUGUGAUGAUCAAUAUGAAUAUGAAGAAGAAGAUGAAGAAGAAGAUGAAGAAGAGGAAGAAGAUUAUUAUUACAAAGAUAAUGAUGAUUAUGGCGAUGAUUAUGAUGAUGAUGAAAUUAAAAUAGUAUCAUUUAAUCAAGUUAACGAUAUUGAAUCAGUUUUAUCAUUAUUAAAAUUAUUAUUGUCAAGAUAUUCAUUUAUUAAAAGUAAUAAUAAUAAUAAUAAUAAUAAUGAAAAUAAUAAUGAAAAUAAAACAUCAAAUUAUUUAACAUUAAUUAGAAUUUUAUAUGAAAAUUUAAUUAGAAUAAGAGGUGUCAAAAUAAAAGAUAUUAUUGAAAUUUAUGAAUUAUUAAAAGAAAAUUCAAUAUCAUUUUCAAAUAGUCAACUUUUUUCAUUCUUUUUUAUUUCAAUUAGAUCAUUAAAAUUAUUAAAAUAUAUUAUUGAAAGACCAAAUCAAUCAUUUGAAUUUUCCAGAGAAAGAUUCUUCCAUCAUGUUUUAGAUAGACCAAUUGUAAAACACUUUGAUUCAAAUUUCUUUACAUUUGAUUAUUUAUUUAAAACCAAAAAUAAUAAUAAUAAUAAUUAUAAUAAUUAUAAUGAUAGUGAUUAUUUAAAUUCAUUUGAUGAUAUAUUAAAUGAAUUAAUUAAUCAAUUAUCACAUAAUCAAUUAGAUAAAAUAGAUUAUUGUCAAUCUUUAAAUUUAGAUUUAGAAUAUUGUUUAAAUAUUAAAAGAGUUGAUUUAUUUUUUAAACAAUUAAAAUGGAUAAUACAAUAUAUUGAUGAUAAAAAUAAAAAUAAUAAUAAUAAAAAUAAUAAAAGUAGUAAUGAAAAAUUCAAACUAUCAAAUAACGUAAUGAAAUUAAUUUGUAGGAUAUUAAAUAUUGAACAAUUUAAUGAAUUUAUUAAACUUGUAAAAACAUCAACUAUAAUAAUUAAUAAUACAGCAAUAACAACAACAGCAACAACAGCAAUAUCUAAAAGGUAUUUUAAAAUAGAUAAUGAUUCAUCAUCAUCAUCAUCAGGAUUUGAUAAUUUUUUAGAUAUUUUACAUAAGAAAUCAUUACUUUUAGGUAGAUUAGAUUUAGUUUGUUUUUUAAUUGAUAAUUUAAAUUUUAAAAUUUUAAAUUUUCCAACUUUUAGUUUUUCAAAUAAAUCAAAUUUAAAUUAUUUAGAAUUGGAAUUAAUGUUUAAUAAUUAUUUUGAAAUGGUUAAAUCACUUAAAUCAAUACCAGUAUUAAAAUCAAAAGAGAAUUAUUAUUAUCAAGAUGAUGAUGAAGAUGAAGAUGAAGAUGAAGAAGAUGAUGAAGAUGAAGAAGAGGAUGAUGAUAAUAUAUUUUAUGAAUCAUUUAUUAAUGGUGAUAUUAAAAUUUGUAAAUUAAUUGAAAAAUUUUGUCCUAAUCAAUUUAAAAUAACAAAGAAAUCAAUUUUAAAUGCAAUUAAAAAUGGAAAUAUUCACAUUGUUAAAUAUUAUUAUAAUCAUAUUAAAAAUAAUGAUCAAUUAUUAUUUAAUAAUUUUAAAAGUUUAUUUUCAAAAUAUUUUUUAUAA